AUGGAAAUUUUAGAUAAAAUGGAUGAACAAAUGGUAGAAAAUUCAAUUAUUAACAAUGAAAAAGGUUUAAACAUGAAUGGUCAUGACAUUAAUCACCAAGAAAUAUUUAAUAGUAAUAGUAAUAAUUGUAAUAAUAAAAGAAAACUCUCAUCCAAUUUUGAAGAAGAAAUUGAUGGUGCGAAUCAUCAUCAAAUAAUUAAUAACAUUACAAAUGGUAAUGAUCAUCAACAUUGUAAUGGUAACGGUAAUGGUAAUGAUCAUCAAAAUGGUAAUGGUAAUGGUAAUGGUAGCAUUAAAAAAAAACAAUGUAUGGCUAUAACUACAACAACUACAAGUAAUUGUAGUAGUGGUGGUGUUGGAUAUAGUAAUAGAGUAUUAUCAAAUAUAUUAACCAUAAAAAUACUCAAAUAUUCAAUUAAAUUAUCACUACUUGACAAUACACAUGAGCAAUUUACAGAGACAUUAUCAUUGGUUUGCAAAUCAUGGAAUUUAUUCAUUAUACCAAAAUUAAAUUUAUCAAGAUAUAGAUUCAAUAAUGAUGAUUACUUAUACACAUAUUUAAAAGUUCAAGAUAUGUGUAAAGGUUUAAUUAAUAGAACUACACCAACACCAGAAUACGAAUUAGCGGGUAAUCAAACAUUAGAAGGUUUAUUCAAUAGUUUAUUCGUUUCACCUUAUAGUUUUGGUAUUCAUGAAUUUAAAAUUGGUUCCGUUCCACAAGUUGAACAACAACAACAAGAACAAGAACAAGAACAAGAACAACAACAAGAACAACAAGAUGAUGAACAACAAAAUGAAUAUAAUGAAGAUGAUGAACAAAAUGGUUACGAUGAAAAUAAUAAUAAUAAUAAUAAUAAUAAUAAUAAUAAUAAUAAUAAUAAUAAUAAUAAUAAUAAUAAUAAUAAUAAUAAUAAUAAUAAUAAUAAUAAUAAUAAUAAUAAUAACGAAGAUGGAGAGCAACAACAAAAUUAUGAUGGACAACAACAAGACCAACAACAACAACAAAAUUAUGAUGGACAACAACAAGACCAACAACAACAACAAAAUUAUGGUGGACAACAACAACAACAACAACAACAACAACAACAACAACAACAACAACAACAACAACAACAACAACAACAACAACAACAACAACAACAACAACAACAACAACAACAAAAACAAGAACAACAACAAAAUGACGAACAGCAACAACAUAAUUAUGGUGAACAACAUCAACAUCAACAACAACAACAACAACAACAACAACAAAACUACGGUGAACAACAACAAAAUUACCAUCAACAACAACAACAACAAAAUUUUAGUGAACAACAACAAAAUGAUGAUCAACAACAACAACAACAUUAUAGUGAACAACAACAAAAUGAUGAUCAACAACAACAAAAUUUUAGUGAACAACAAAAUGAUGGUCAACAACAACAACAACAACAAAAUGACGAAGGUGAACAACAAAAUGACGAACAAGAGCAAGAACAAGAACAAGGACAAGAACAAGAACAAGAACAAGAACAAAAUAAUGAAACUAAAAAUGAACAAGAAGCACCAAAGAUUGAUUAUGGAGUUUAUAUUGAUGGAGAAGAUUGUGGAACAAUUUUUCAACCAGAUAUUGAAAAGAUUUUAUCAAAGUCAAAAGAUUUUUAUACAACAGAUGAUAAUAUGGGUACAAAUAAAGGUAUGGCAAUUGCAUUAUCAAGAUUAAAGAUUCCUGCAUUUGAAGUCUAUGGUGAAAAGGAUGUUAUCUUUUAUAAGGAUCAAGUUUAUCAUAGUGCACAAACCAAUUUUAAAUUGGUAUUGAAUAAAAUGCAUAUUUCAAUGCCUGGUAAAGAAAAUAAUUUACAAAUUCAACCUGAUAAUGGUGACUUAAUUAAAACGUAUGUAGGCUCAUUCUUGGUAUCAUUGGGUAUUGAUGCCUAUACAGGUGGUGAAAUCGUCAUCACUGGUAAUGGUGGUUCAUUCGAGACAAGUAAUAGAACCUCACAUUAUAGAAUUGAAUCGGUUCAAUCGUUUAAGAAAAGAGAUGAACUAAUGGAACAAAUUAUAGAUUUAGAACAGUACCUAUCAAAUAUUCGGGAAGAGUCUAUUAAAAACGGUACUUCGGAAUGUGAGCAUAUUAUACUUCAACAGAAAUCAAUUCAAUCAAGAAUUAGACAAUUGCAAUUGGAGGCAGAGAUUCAAAUAUUCCACUUUAGAUGGUUGGCUUUCUAUCAAGGUUGUGUGGCUCAAACACUUCAACCCGUUACAAGUGGUUAUAGAAUUAUCUUACAUUUUAAUGUAUACUUUAACCAUUUGGAACGUGAAGAGGACUUUAAAAUCAUAAGAGGGGUCGAUAGAAUUAGAGUUUCAAGUGAGAAUAAUUAUCAACAUCCAGAGGGUGAGAAUGAUAAUCAACAAGUGAAAGAGAUUAUUAACUUUUCCAAUGAAAAUCAGUUCCUAAGAUUGAAUGCAUACCAAAACAGAACUUUUAAUUGCAGUAAAUUCGUUCUUGGUCAAGUACCUGUAAUUUUGGAGAAGAUCAUUAAAUUGGAAACUGAAAAGAAUCCAUCGACUCCAAUUAACAUUGGUAUCAUUUUAAAUAACCUUUAUAAAUCUUCAAAUAUUAAAAAUCCAUUACAUUUUCAUCAACUUCAAGAUUUUGAUCAUAUGGUUUUAAAUAAAUUAAAGAGUCAUUUCGGUGAUGAUAAUGUAAAGGUUUGCUCAUUCUUAAUUCACUUCCCAAAGCCAUUCGUACCUCAAAUCGAUGAGGAUGAUGAAGAUGCUCAACCUCCACCACCUCAAAAUCCUGAAGAUUUAAAACCAAGAAUUGAAAUGAUAAAUGCUAAAGUAGUUAAUGGUUUCAAUAGAGUUAUGAAAGAUACUAAAACUUUAUUAUUUUUAAGUUCUUCAAAAUAUUUAGAUUUAAAAAGUAUUCAUUCAAAACCAAUUAUGACAAAUGAUUCACAAGAAUUUGAAGAAGUUGGUUGUUUUUCUGCAAUCAUGGUAUUAAAUGAUAAAAAUAAUAAAAAAUAA